UCUGGAGCUUUGUGUUGGGACUCCCAGUCGGGUGAGGACGCAGGACGUAUCUGCGGUUAUUAUGGGAGAUUAAACAGCAGGUAUUGAUCGGCGCGCAGCGGACACUGACAGGUUUGAGAAGACACGGUUGGAGUUGACCUACAGAGCGGACCUGUCCUGGACCAAGAUGACUCAUGUGAAGCAGUUUCAAAGAAUCCCCAUGUCAAAGUCAAUGAGAGGUUUGUGUAAGGAGGAGGACUACGCAUUUCUUGGAGUGUCAGAAAAGACGACAAGAGAAACGGCGGAAGGAGCUGGAGCGUUGGAGGACGACUGGAUAGACAGAAAGGAGGAGAGGGUCCGCCGGCGACUGGACAGGGAGCAGCAGGAAAGAGAGAGACUCCAAGAAAUAGAGGAGAGGAAGAAGGAGAGAGAGCAGCAGUGGCGAACUCAUGUAGCAGAGCUGACCUCCAGCCAGGAGAAGACUCUGCCAGACAGACUGGCAAGACUCAGGAGAUUCAGGGAGUUUCAGAGGAAGUUGCUGGUGGAGGAGUCGGGGAUGGAGGGCGGGGCAGCCGACCACACAGUCAACCAGCUUCUCACCAGGAUGUAG